AUGCAUUACGAGCUGAAUGAAAGGAUCACCAGGUAUAUUGCCCCAGAUUUUGUGUACAUGACGGCCAGAAAUUUUAUAAAUACUACCAGCAACUCCAGUUUUACAAAUAUAAGUUGGAGUUUUCUUGUCAAUAAGAAUUCUAUAUACUUUCUUCGGGCUCAUUUCUCCGACAUAAUAAGUACAACCAGUAAUGUCUUGUGGUUCAAUCUCUAUAUCAAUAGAAAUUUUAGUCGGGAGAUCUAUCCUUAUAAUCUAGCUGGAAAUAAUUCCGAUGGAGUUCCAUUUUAUGUGGAUUUUGUGGUUGAUUCAGAUAGUUCGGGAACUAUGAAUGUUAGUAUCGGCCCAAUGAAGAACUCUACGAUUAAAAAUGCCUUCUUGAGUGGGCUGGAGAUUACGGAGGUUGUGAAGGAAUCAGAUCAUUUCACUCCUCCUAUGGAAAUUGUAGGGAAAAAGAAACUCUCCCCUGCUAUAAUUGGUCUUGCAUGUAGUGGGGCAUUUUUAAUUUUGGUAAUAUUGGUGGCGGUGGGUUUGAAAUUCAAGAAACCAAGCCAUGAUCAAAUUUUAGGAGUGCUUCUUUAUGGAGGGUUUAGUUCCAAUAACAGGUUUACUCAAAGAGGUCCUAAUGCUUCCCUUGCUCCUACUCUAAACCUUAGUUUGAGGGUACCUUUUUUUGAAAUAAUGAGCGCAACAAAAAACUUCAAUACAAAGCUAUUGAUUGGAGAGGGUGGAUUUGGGAAAGUCUACAAAGGAACUUUUAAAAAUGGUACCAAAGUGGCUGUCAAACGAAGUGAUCCACGACAUGGGCAGGGUCUGGAGGAAUUCCAAACAGAGAUCAUGGUGUUGUCUAAUAUUCGUUACUGCCAUCUUGUUUCUUUGAUUGGAUAUUGUGAUGAACAGUGUGAGAUGAUACUGGUUUACGAGUUCAUGGAAAAGGGGACUCUGAGAGAUCACCUUUAUCAUUCAGAUGAAAAUUCUGAGAGAUCAACUUCAGUAUCUGAAUUAUCUUGGGAGCAAAGACUAGAAAUAUGCAUUGGUGCAACAAAGGGCCUAAACUAUCUACACACUGGUCGGGCAGGAGGAAUCAUUCACCGUGACGUGAAGUCAACAAACAUUCUACUUGAUGAACAUUAUGUGGCUAAAGUUGCUGACUUUGGUCUUUCGAAAUCCGGUCUUCCCGAUCCGGACAACUUCACUAUGGGUGUAAAGGGUAGCUUUGGUUAUCUUGAUCCAGAAUACCUUACAACCCUACAGUUGACAGAGAAAUCUGAUGUAUACUCAUUUGGAGUUGUACUUCUUGAAGUUCUUUGUGCUAGACCAGCUAUCAUACAAUCAUCUCAGUUGGAUGAGGUGAACUUAGCAGAAUGGGGGAUGCUGUGGCAAAAGAAAGGCCAACUCGAGAAGAUUAUCGAUCCAGUACUUGUUGGUAACAUUAAGCCUAGUUCAUUGAGAAUAUUUGGUGUUACUACAGAAAAGUGUUUGAAGACAUUUAGUAUUGAGAGGCCGACUAUGCAGGAUGUGUUGUAUUACCUAAAUUAUGCACUACGGCUUCAACAAACUGGGAUGCCUAGAGAGCCAUUUGAGGACAGCACAACGACUACCAUAACUUCAUUGGAGUUGCAGCUUCCAGUUGGUUUGAACAUUCCUGUUCAUGAAGAUGAUGAUGCACCCAUUGGAGGGAAUGAUAGUUCUGAUAUAGAGGUUAGUGAUGUCUAACCACUGGUUUGGGUAAGUACUGUCUGGUUUGCAUUAGCACCUGAAUUCAUAGCAAUAUUUAAUUAUCGUUUUAAAAAAUUCAGGAAUUUCAUAAACUAGACUUCUAUUAAUAGUUAUCAAAUGCAGCGUUCCUCGCAUUACUUAAAUUCUUAUUGCCAUGAAAUUUGUAAUACACUUUAGUUUGCGGCUUUGUGCUUAAAUUCUGUAUCAAUACCACUAUUUAAUGUGAUUUUUUUUUUUUUU